GAUAUAUUUUUGGUAUUACAUAAACAUAAAAUUUUCAUGGAGGGGUUAAUUCCAUAUCUGAUUCAUGCUAUCAAGAAAGACCAUAACCGUGCUCAUCAGAUGUAUCGAUCGAUGUCUGUAGGAUCGAGCCGAAGCUAUCGACCAUUAAUGAUGGGACAAGAAGGCUCUUCUUCAGUACAGGGAUCUUCUCACCGUCGAACUAAAUCAGAGUACAAUCCACCUGUUAUAAUGGAUAUGUCUGAUCAAAGAUCUUCAGGUUUUGGUCAAAAAAAUGUGAAUAAAGAUUCCUCUUCUCAAGAUAUAGCAACAAAGACUUAGCUUGCAUAGAGUUGAUGAUUUUAUGUAAGAAAGAAACAAUUAUAAUUCUGAUUUUAUAUUUCUGUUAUUUAAAUUUGUAAUAAAUCUGAUCUAUCAAUGAAAUUAACUUAUUUUUUUUUCUU